AAUAACCUGCUCAGUCUAUAAGAUUCUACAAAAAGCUCUCAGAAUGACAGCAAAGUGUGUUUGGGCUGCAAGACCGAUCAUCUACCGCCUUCAUAUUUCAGAUUAAGUUUUCCAGCAGCAUAUCAGUGAUGGAGCUCCAUCUGUUUCUACUCCUGCUUUUCACAGGAGUCCUUCCCCUUGUCCUGUCUUUCUCUCGUAAGUACUAUUUGAUCCAGCAGGGGAAAACAUGGAGCAAUGCUCAGGGUUACUGCCGAGCCACAUACACUGACCUGGCUAUCAUCAAAACUAAUGAAGAGAUGACCAAGCUUCAAAGUGUAGCACAGGCACAACUGUUCUAUUCCUAUGCUUGGAUUGGAAUGUACACUAACAUCAACAAGUGGUACUGGACUUUUAAAAAUGAGUCGCUGGGAAUUUUUACUUCCUGGCAAGGGGGGGAACCUAACAACUUAUACGGAGCGGAGGUGUGUGUCUUCACAUAUUAUGGAAAAUGGUAUGACGCACCAUGUGAUUGGUUGUUGCACUUUUUGUGUUAUGAUGACCAGGAGAAUGCCACUGAGAGGUACAUUUUAAUAGCACAGUAUAAGACGUGGGAUGACGCUAAGAGUUACUGUAUGCAGUAUCACACAGACCUGGCCAGUGCAAGAAACUCAACAGAAAACUCAAUUGUACAGUUCUAUUGGGGUUGGACAUGGAUUGGCCUCAGGAGAGACCCCUGGUUUUGGACAGACCAGACCACUAAUAUGUCGGUCAUUAAAUGGUGGUCUGGAUCUGCUGAUGAUUAUUUGCAGAAUAAAAGUUGUGUCUAUUUAUACAGUGCUCUGGCUGAUAUAGAAAAAUGCUCAACCUUACUGCCGUUCUUCUGUUACUUAUAUCCAACACAGCAGAAGAUCAUAAGAAUGAAGGUCAAGUCCAGUCAGGAUGUGAUGGAUCCUGCAAUAAUGUCAGCCAUCGAGGAGAAGCUCAAGCAAAAACUGAUGAAUUAUGGAAUGGCUGAGAACAUCACUGUGACAUGGAGAAAACAACCAGAUGGAGUGGUGUUUCACAAGGAGAAGGAAAAUAUUACUGCAGUUGUGAACAACUCGAUCCCUUAUACCUAAAUCUUUAUGACUCUCUUGAUCCCAUUUUUUCUGUAGUGCCCCUAAUCAAUUUUACAUUGGGGUCUGAGUGCAUAUGUAAUAUUUUAGUCUUCUUAAGUAGUACUUUAUGCUGGUGUGAGGUUUUGCAGGAGAGGAUUACACUGGAAAUCUUUUUUAUUUAAAGCUAAAAGUAACUAGAAUGCAAACACCAGUAACAACAAUAUUAUCAGUAGAAGAGACAGUUCACUGGACACUCAACCUUUUUGGCAGUGCCCUUAUAGGUACUUCCAGGUAUCAUAUACUGAUGAUAUAAUCAUUUACUGAUGAUACAUUUGACAUGUAAAUAGAAACCCUGACAUCUGGGCAGGGUAUUUGGAUAUUUGUUAGUGUUUUGGGUUUGGUAUUUUCAGAUGAUUUAAGGAAAAGCCUGAAAGCACUGGCAGCACUGAUGGACCUUAUUUCUUAGAAUUUGCUAAGAUUUACUAUUAAAUAAAUAAAUGCUACUUACGCAUGCUGCUAUUGGAAAUAAGACUAAAGAUUUGUGUACAUUCAGACAUUGUCAUUUUUACCCCACUACAAGAAAAACAGUCUAAGACUCCAUCUUCUGUAGGCAAUUUUGGGUCUGUGAUCCACCCAACAACAUUAAAGCCGGAUGUUAUACUUUUUAUAUGUAGGCUCAACCAACACUUCUUGGUGAAGUUCAAACAAAGAAAAAACUGUAGCAUAUAUACAAUAGGACUUUGAACAGAGAAUGCUCACAGAAGGUAUUUGAAGGGUCAUUCCACACUAGAAAAAGAACAAUAAGAUGGUCAAAGACAACACCAGAGAGUUUCAAUAUUCUUACAUGACUGGCCUUCAGCGAGAGAUUAGUGUACAGUUAAUGUAUUUAAAAAAGAGUGUCCAACUAAAAUGAGUUACAGCCUAGUUACAAACAAAAGUCUUGCUCACCCAGGUUAUGAAGAGUGAUUAACCGGUUAACAACUGAAGACAGUUUUAAUGUUUAACUAGUAGAAAUUAGUUAAUGGAUAUAAUUAUUUAUAUCCAUUAACUAAUUUCUACUAGUUAAACAUUAAAACUGUCUUCAGUUGUUAACCGGUGAGUGUUUGUCAAGUGUUAAAUUAAGUGUUUGUUUUGUUUCACAGCAGCGCUUCCACUUUUAACUAACUCAACAGAAUUUAAUGCAGGGAGUCUAGACACAUACAUCUUUAUCCAUUCAUUUUUAACAUUGUUUUCAUUGUUGACUUUUUUUUAAAUUAGCCAUAUACUCAUUUUGCUAAUCAUACCAGAGAGAGCUCUAUGAAUACUCACCCCUUUUUGAAAUACAAUUAUAUCCGUGCAUGUCACUGAAUAAACUACAAUAAAGGA